AUUUACUGUGAAUGAAAAGCCCUAUUGUUGUGAAAAGCAUUGGUUCAAAGUAACAGGUAUUAUUAUUAUUAUUAGUUAUAUUAUCGCUUUUUUUAUCAAAAGCCAAAAAUAUGCGAUUAUAAUUAUUUUAACUCCAGUCUGUUAAACAAGCAUAAGCAUACAUAUUUAUGUAAUAAGCCAAAAAAAUUUAUGGAGAUGUUGCUAUGAUGCCAAAAAUUAUUAAAAUGGAAGAUGAUGAUAUGGAUGAUAUUUUUGAUGAAGAAGUUGAAAAAUCAAUGGAAAUAAAAGCACUUCUGCCAAUAAAACAAGAAACACCAUUUUAUCCUGAAGACACUGCAUUAUCUAUUAAUAUUUCUCACACUAAUGAAAACAUCUUAGAUAUAAAAUCAGAAAAGGUAUAUGAAGAAAUCAUUGACAACUUUGAAAUCAAGUUGGAAGAAGUGGAUGAGCUUAAAAUUGAGCCUGCAGAUAAUAAGCAAAUAUGGCGUAAUAAAAACAUAAAAUCACAGAAAAAGAAAUACUAUAUUUGUGUGAUAUGUCAAAAAAAAUUUUCAUCUGCAAGAAGAAGAAAUAAUCAUCUACGUAUACAUUUUGAAUUCCCAUCUACAAGAAGAAGAAAUAAUCAUCUACGUAUACAUUUUGAUAUACCAGUGAAAACGAAAAGUGGAAAAAGCAGAUCUAGCAAUGAAUUUUUUGGAAAACAAAUAUUCGUUUGUGGUUUCUGCGGGCAGUUGCAUAUUAACAAAACACAAAUUUUAAGUCAUUGCCAACAGUAUUAUGUUAAAUCUCGACGAAAUAUUGGAUAUAAUAGAACACAAUCUAAUAGUGCUUUGAACGACAUUGAUGUAUUUAAAAGUAAAGUGAAACUAAAAACUGAAGUAGAUAACAGUGACAGGCAUUUGUUGGGAUGUCGAUUAUCUUCUAGUAAAAUUUCAAACAAAAAUUCAUUUGCAAGUCCAAUACGAUACUAUAGGACGUGUGGAAGAUGCGGCAAAUCAGUUACAAGUAAACCAGAGUUACACCAACAUUAUCAAACCCAUGAGAAAUACAAAUGUAAAAUUUGCGCUAAAGAAUAUCGUGUGAAAAAAAACCUAAUGAUUCAUAUGCUCAAUCAUAAAGAAGAUUACAAGACUUUUGAACUUAAUCAAAAUUCAAAACGGUGUGUAAUCUGUCAUAUUUGUUCAAAGUUUUUUGCUACUGAGCAUGCUCUCCGCUAUCACUUAAUUUCUCACACCGGUGAAAGGAAAUAUGAUUGCAAACAUUGUUUAAAAUCGUACAAAUAUGAACAAGAUUUGAAUAGACAUAUGCAUAGUCACACGGGUGGAGAAAUAAAACUAUUUGAAUGUCACCAUUGUUAUAAAGUCUUCAAACAGAAGGGGCAUUUAAAUCGUCAUAUAGAGGGUCAUGUUUCGCUAGGGUCCAAAAAUUAUAAAUGUAACAUGUGCACCAGGAGUUAUCAAAGGAAGGAGAGUCUGUACGUGCACAUUCGUACGGUACAUAAUGGUGUAAGAUACUUUCGUAGCCACAACAACGAAUAUGUAAGAAAGGAAAGUGAAAAUGAAAAAUGUUAUAUUUGUUACUUGUGUAAUAAAUCAUGUACACGAAAAACAGAUUUAAGAAAACAUAUCGCUAGAUGUACAAGAAAGAAGUUAAUGAUGCAAGAUAAACAAGAUCCUUUUGAAUGCAAGCAGUGUGACAAAAAAUUUCUUUACAAAAACAUGUUAGUUCGUCAUAUAAAAGAUCAUGAAAGUCGACGUUAUAUAUGUAAUUUGUGUAGUAAAUCAUACAAUCGAAUAAAAUGUUUUAAAAACCAUAUCUGCACCGUGAAGCAUGAAUGUAAACACUGUGGCAAAGUAUUUAAAUACCGUUCUAAUUUAUGUCGUCAUGUACAAGGUGCUCAUGAAGGAAAACGUUACAUUUGUGCAUUGUGUAAUAAAUCAUAUAUCCAGAAAGACGAUUUAAUAGCCCAUUUUGAAAGAGUUCACAAAGACCAAAAACUAGAGCAUCUCUAAUAUCCAUUAUUCUUGAAAUAUCAGAAAGCAAAUCGGAAAAAAUUAACUAAAUUACAAUCCCCAGGACAGGACGCGGACGGCACGGCUGUCUUAAGGGGCCCGUUAAAGAUUCCUUUUAUAUGAAAGAUAUUGAAUCCUAUUAUGGGUCGAUUUCUCAUACCUGCCUUAAUCUAUGAUUCAGCUGACCGCAGUUCACCGGUGAACUUCGAUUUUGUUUGGAAUGCAUUAGAUGGCAAAAGGUAAAAAACUAUCGCCAUUUUGUACGACCAUUUUUAUGCUGUUUUUGAAUAAAGUUAAAUUUAAGUAUUUAUAGUCAAAUAGUCAUUUUAAUAAUUAUAAAUAAAUGUUAUAAAAACAAAAAUAUUGUUAUCGUGUAUCGUUAGGCUUAAUAUAAUAAAAUAGGAUAUAUUUAUAUUAUGACAGCGUUUCGUGUUGAUACAACGCAUGCGUAAUCCAUGAAAUCAUCUGAACUGGGUUCUGAAAUCUUUGAACGGCCGAAUUCCAGCGUUCAAGCAUCGUUCAAGUUUUAACUGCCAUCGGUAGAACGUGAAUUGAGAAAGACGAUUCUGAUUUUAAACUGACGUUCACUAAAAGUUCAGGUUAAACUGGAGUUGAACUCGAUAUGAGAAAUUGGCCCUAUAUGUAUCAUUUACGUAAAGUGAUUACGUACGGUAAACUCGAUUUACAGGCUGUAAUCUCCAAUAACACAUGUAUAUAAAAUCGGUAUGAUGUAUCAUCGUUAUCCAACUGGUUGCCUACUUUCGUAUGUAAUAUCUUUUACGUAAACGCACGCCUAAACGUAAUUUUUAAACUUUUCUAAACUAAAAUUACUUGCCGUUUAGUUAGGUUAUGUUUAUUAUUGGUCGCGUUCACCAGAAUAAUCCGAGUGCAAUCCGAUUAAUUUGCGCUGAAACGCUGACAGUUUUUUUACUAGUGAACGACUGACGUUUGACAUUCGAUUGAGAGUGUUCUGUGUUCCAUUUGUUUAUGUUUUUAUUCUUUGUUUAUAUAAUUUAUAACCUAUUUAGACAGUUUUGUUUUUAUUUUAAAUAAAACUGAAACUGUCUAAACUAAAAUGGAUAAUAUUCUUGAAGAACUUUUGUUUGGGGACGAAAUUAGCAAAUGCCGUUAUACAUUUAGCAGAUGUACCUACCUCAAAUUAUUCCAGAAGGAUGAGAUGAAAUUAAAUAUAUAUAAACCAUAAUUCAAUAUCCAAUUUAGAGAACAUUUUCGUAUGUCCAGAACUACUUUCCAGGUAAAAUUGUAUAACAAAUUAAUAACAUCAUGUAUAUUAUAUUGUUAUAUUUCCAGGAACUAUUUAAUUGUAUUGGUCAUAUCCACCAAUUUGAGAACGGAAUAAUUCUAUUGGAAAAAAUUAAUGUUUAUGAUGUGGAUGCUAAGUAAACCAGAUAAUUUGUUGCUGGGGAUACGUUUGGUUUGCCAAAGAGCUCUGGACAUAAGAUUUUCACCCAAAUAAUAUAGAAUUACAAAAAAUUGGAAAUAACUAAUCUUGAAUAUCAAUGUGUAUAUUGAGUUUAAUUUUAUUGUAAAUAUUCUAUAAUAUAAUUUUAUUGUAAAUAUUGUAUUAACACAUUUGUGGACACAUUUUCAUAUGCAGACAGUAAUUUCCCUUUGUAAGUACAUGCAUAUAUAGUCGUAUCUGCGAAUGGGUUAAUUGUAAAUCGUAAUCAAUAAAAAUUUUUUGUGAAUCAAUAAAAAACUGGUUUGUUUGAAAAUAAAUGUAGUACAAAUGUGGUUAUAAUAUUUAUUUUCAUGCUUAGAUAAAAACUAAAUGUAUUGUAACACAACCUUUCAUAUAUCUUCCUCCUCCAUUGUUAAGCAGAAUUUGUUAACAAGAAUUGUCCCUCCAUUCUUUUUUUAAUAAGAGGAAUUUCUUCCUUAGCGUUCCUAGUAUUUGGUUGUGGCUCUAAAAUUGCAUUUGUUUCACUGAGAGCAUCUAAAAGGUCUCUCAAUCCUUAUUUCGAUUGACAUAGCCAUACUCGUAGAAAUAAUUCUAUCUGUAUUGAUGGUAUUAUCAGAGAACAACGAACACAUGGUGGUCUUCAGAGUGCUCCCAACCGACAGUACCUUAUGCUGCUGCGUUUUCUUUUACUGUUUUAACCCUUAUCCGGGCAAGUGGGUCUCAAUAGGCCCGAAACGCCAUGUCUUUUAUAUGGAAGUAAAAUGUCUUACCCGGAUAAGUAUUAAAGUGAGCUUUCUCGUUUCAGAAUUUUUUAUCGAAUAUAGCUUCAAGAUAACGUAACCAUGCAAAAUAAUUAUUUUUUCCCUUUAUAGGAUGCCAGCAACAACUUUGUAAUGUAAGAUUGCUUGGAAAUGUGCUUCUGUAUGAGCAUCAUAAAGGGAUGUCUACUGCAUUCCCAGUUUAUCUCAAGAGUUAGUUGGUUGUGAUCAAAGAAUCUUAUUAAAAAAUAGAUUAUAUCUCCCUCUAGUUCUUUUUUCAUAGUACUUAUAUUAAAUUUGGAGUAUGCCUAAUUCCAUGAAAUGACAACAAAUAAUAUGAUUGUAAAUAGUUUUGAAAAAGCUGUUUAUAAUUAAAUUUUUUUUAAAACGUCUACUUUUAAAAAUUUCGUACCUAGGCCUGGAUCCCGCAUACCAAAAAAAAGUUGAUUAAUAGCAAGCUCAAAUUUGUUAAUAGCUUAAUCUAGUUGGACACACUUUGAUGUAUAGAAACACUGGAACAGGGGAAGCCUUAAUUGUGGAACGUGCCAUCCUGACAAGUUUAUGAUUGUGAAAACUAGCAGGUUGUUUUUAAGUUUAUUCAAUAGCAAACUUUGUAUAUUAUAAUAUAUGAAAAAAUUUUUGUCCGAAAAAUAUGUUGGGCAGUUGGCUGAAAGACUUUGGUCGAUGGCCUUUUAGUACAUUGUAUCAAUAAAGUAUGUCUCUCCAUGUUGGGCAUUUUAAUAAUUCCGACACGUAGAACAUGUCAGAGGAUAGGAAUUAUAUUGGUGAUAAAUAGCAGUCUGAUUUUGCAUGCUAAUGAAAGAGUAGCAAAUCAAUUGGAAGUUCUGUCCGACACAAUACAUGAGACGUUUUUGUAGUCUGACGUUCGAAACCUGUAACCUGUUCAACAAUUAAAACUUCCCGUUCCAGUGUUUGUUUUAAAUUAAAACAUCAAAGUUUGUAGACACCGUUAAGCUAAUAAUAAAUUUUCAGCUUGCUAUUAAUAAACUUUCUUCUGGUAUGCAGGAUCCAGGCCUAUUAACUAUUUAACUCGAGCAGAUUCCAUUUUACCAGCGAAUAUAAAUCUCAUUCAAAAUUCGGCAUAUCUAGAUACUUAACUUAAUGAAAUCUUACCAGAAUAAUAAACGUUUACUACAAGAACAAGAAAAUUUUGAUAAUAAAUUAAAGAUUCGGUCAGCUGUAGAAAGGUUUGAACUAAUAAAAUGCAAAUUUAGAGGAUUAAAAUUUGAUACAGAAAAUAUUCGAUUAACGAACAUUGUGUUUUACACAAUUUUAUAAUAUAGAAGGCAAUAAUGUUCUGGAUAAAUGCAAUACUGAGUAGGUAUGCUAAAUAAAGAAAUUAAUAAUAUAACGGUGGGUGAAGAAGAAUAAAAAAUUGGAAAUAUUGAAAAUAACUAAUAUGGAGUAUUAUUGUAUAGGUACCUUCCUACCUAUAUUAAAUUUAAUUUUAUUGUAGGUAAAUAUUAAUUACAAAUAGUUGGUAUGCAAUCAAUACCAAUUUUUAUAAGAUUUGUGAAUCAAUCAAAAACUGGAUUGUUGGAAAAUAAAUGAGGUAGGUACUUACUAUUACACAUAUUGUGUUAAUAUUUCUAGUAACUAUAUAAAUAAAAAAACACAAAUAUUUCUAACUUAAUUUAGAUAAUAACUAUAUAUAGGAUACAUAUAAAUAAGAACUACAAAUAUUUACAAUAAAUUACAUACAAUAAUUAUUGUAUUUAUAUUCAAUUUUAAUUAAAUUGUCCAUUUUACUUUGAACUUAAUUUUAAAGUUGGCGGGAUUCAGCUAUCACAGCACAAUAACAAAUUUAAGGCUGAAUAAAAUGGCGAGCGCUUCCAAUCAGAUUAAUUCAGCGCACCGUUCACUAGUAAAAGAGCUUCCAAUCCGAUUGCAAUCCGAUUCCAAGCUCUGUGUUUGAUGAACGCAACCAUCGUUAUGAUAUUAAUAAUUAUUUUGUGAAACCAAGUUGUUUGUGUGUCAGACUUGUAUUUUUAGUUUACUUUUUAAGUGAUUUUUUAGUUGUUUAGUACCUCAAUAUAUUAUAUCAUAAAAUGAA